UGCACACAAUACCAGCUUCUUUCAUUUAGUAUGGCGCGCGCUGAAUGUUUAAUGAAGCCACUGCGUUUGUCUCUUGGAAUAUUUGGAAUAUGCCAUAGACGACAGAAAAGUGAGGUUAACCCCGCUAUAGAUGAUCCAGCCAAAAAAACAUCUAUAAUUGUAAAACAUUCAACGGAAAACUUUCUUCGGUUCUACUGUGUCUUUGUGUGCACUCUGCUGAGUUUGAAUGUUUUGAGGUAUCUUCCAUCUUUCUGGGUAGGAAUAGAUUUUAUUCCAAACCUGACAGCACUACGAAUAAUCACUCUGUUAUUCUACCUGCAAAACGCAAUCGUCAACAUUGUUUUGUUCAUCUUUUACGAUAACAGAAAUCAUUUUGAAAGCUAUGUAAAGCAGUAUAUCGAUGCUGCGGAGGACCAAAUUUCAAAGAGUCUGAUGUUAAACCCAAAGAGUAAUAGGAUCAGAAAAUGUGGGGCAAGGAAUCUCGCUAUAGGUUGGACAUAUUUUACUAUUAACGCAAGUUUGACGAUUUUUGCAAUCAACACAAAUUUCUCCCCAGUGAUAUCCGUGCUCGCAUGCAACCCUUUCCCCAACACAUCUCUCUCAGUCAGAGUUUUGGCAAGUUUUGUACAGAUUAUAUCAUCAGGUGUGUCCAUUUUCCCCGUUGUCAUGUUUUGCACGCUUGUGAGCGCCAUUGAGUUCCUAUAUGAUGAUCUCUAUGACGUAAUGAAACAGACGACGAUUGAGCAAAAUUCAUGUAGAUUGGAUAUUUUCAAGAAUAUUCGAAAGAAGCACUUGCAGUUGUGCAAAAUGGUUGAAACCGUUGACCAGAGUCUACAAUUUUAUGUGGCUGCUGUUUUUGUGAUAAACUUGGGAAUUGCUUGUUUCACGACCUACGAAAUGAUAAACAAGUCCGUACCUAGCACCGAUCUAGCACACAUUUCCAUUUUAUCUUUUUGGCUCGCAUUCGCCAUAUUGACUACGCUUAUCAUCACAAAGAAA